AUGUCGUCGUCGACCCCAACACAGCCAGCCGCCUCCCCGGCAGCAUCUUCGCCACUCCGUCUACGCUACAUCGAUGCAUCCACAGCGCAAAAGAUUGACGAGGAGCUCAUGUCGUCCUCGGGUGGCUUCUCGAUCGACCAACUCAUGGAGUUGGCCGGUCUCUCGUGCGCACAGGCCGUCUUCGAAUGCUACCCACCAACCCGCUAUCCCAACGUCCUCGUAGCGUGUGGACCAGGCAACCAGGGCGGUGACGGCCUCGUUGCUGCGCGACACCUCUAUCACUUUGGCUACGAGCCUCUCGUCUGGUACCCCAAGGAAGGAAAGACCGAGCUCUUCUCGCGGCUCAAGGUGCAACUCAAGAACCUCGGCGUCCACUUUGUGCCCCAGGACGACUUCCAAGACGCGCUCGAAGAGGCCGACGUGGUGCUCGACAGCAUCUUUGGCUUCUCGUUCCACGGCGAGGUGCGCGAACCUUUCAAGGGACCAUUGGAGAACCUCAAGUACGAAUCACGAAUCGAGUUUGAGGCGCGGAAGAAGAUGCCUCCCAUCGUAUCGGUGGACAUCCCAAGUUCGUGGGACGUCGAGAAGGGCAACGUGAGCAAGAGCUUCACGCCCAGCGUGCUCAUAAGUCUGUCGGCACCCAAGUUGGGAAGCCUGGGUUUCAGCGGGAGACACUUUUUGGGCGGAAGGUUCAUCAGUGAGGAGUUGGAGGACAAGUUUGAUCUCCAGCUGCCGGAUUACCCGGGCACGGAACAGGUGGUCGAGAUCACCGGCGCAAAGCCGUUGGAGAGCCAGCAGACCGCAUGA